AAUGAAAGUAAUUUUAGCCCAGUAGCCCGGCGGCCGGCGGACGGGCCAUGUAGUAGCUCAUUUUCGUUUGUUCUUCGUACCCACAUCGAGGCUAAACUGUUUUAAUCGCUUCCGGUAGAGUGUUGUGUAGUUGGGAAGAUGUCGUCGUCAAGUUCUUCAUCGCAGACCGGAAAACUGAUGCCGCAUCUGGAUGCGCGGAGCACGAAGAUGCUCAAUCUCACUGUUCUGCAGAGGAUCGAUCCUUGUAUUGAAGAGAUCUUAAUCACCGCCGCUCACGUCACCUUCUAUGCGUUCAACGUCGAUCUCAAUCAGUGGAGCCGGAAAGACAUAGAAGGGUCACUAUUUGUAGUUAAAAGAACUACGCAGCCAAGGUUCCGGUUCAUUGUUAUGAACCGGCGGAAUACAGAGAAUCUGGUGCAGGAUCUCCUUGGAGAUUUUGAGUUUGAAAUUCAGGUUCCAUAUCUAUUAUAUCGUAAUGCAGCUCAAGAAGUUAACGGAAUUUGGUUUUAUAAUUCACAUGAAUGCGAGGAGGUUGCAAACCUAUUUAGUAGAAUUCUCUGUGCAUACUCAGAAGCAUCUCCAAAUCGGCAGCUAAGUUCAACCAAAAGUGAGUUUGAGGUACUUGAAGCAGCCCCAACCCGUGCAGUUAUUGAAGAGCCUUUGGAACCAUCAUUUCCAAUACAUUCUCACACUGAAGUUCCUGAAGACUCCUCAUUUAUGAAUUUCUUUAAUGCGGCUACUAGUAUUGGAUCUAACUCUGCAAAUAUUACGAAUACUAGACAACCGGGUUAUUCUUCUGCUCAAACUGUGUAUUCAACCUCACAUGUUCCUGGCCCCCAAUCCUCACCUUCGUCAACUCCCACUCUUCAGUUCUCUGCACUUCGUCCAUCAGCUCCAUUGAUUCCUUCAAUGUCUGUUCGUGAUGGUUCUGACCCCACCAACAAAGCAAAUCAGGUUUCCAGUCUUAUCAAGCCCUCUACUUUCUUUACACCUCAAUCAUCACCUGCAUUGCUACUUGCCCCCAUCUCGUCAUCUAUCUCAACACCUGCUGCCCAUCCUCCUUUGAAUCUACAUCGUCCAUAUGAUGCACCAAUGCUUCAACACUUUCCACCCCCGUCUCCCACCUCUAACCCUACUCCUAGUAAUGCACCACUGGACAGAGAAAAGGUUCGAGAUGCACUAAUAAUGCUGGUUCAGGACAAUCAGUUUAUUGACUUGAUCCAUCAGGCAUUGUCAAAAGUACACAAAUCAUGACUAUAUGUUCAAAUGUGAAUCCCUGUAGACUUGAAGAGUUUGUUUAUAAAUGUACAAUAGGAAUGUGUGUAUCCCCAAAUAUUAGGAGAAUGCGCAUUUCUUUUCACCUCAAUUUUCAUAUGAGAGAGGGAGAUUGUGUGUGUUAAUCUACAGAUUAAAGUCAAUGUACAACUGUAUAUAUUGGGAUUUUGGGAGUCUAUUUCUGCUGCUUUGCUUAUACUUUCAUCCUGAACUUCGAAUGGAACAACAUUUUCUAGUCAUUUUGCUC